AGAGCUGAUAACAAUUCGUAUACGACAGGUGAAAAUUGUGAAUAAUAUUUGUUCAGAGUGUUGUGCUAUUAAGUUGUUAUAAUUUGUAUGCAAUAAAUAUUUCAAGAUGCCCUACACAGCGGACCUUAACGUCAGCAUGAAAUGCGUGAAAUACAUGCUUUUCGUGGCCAAUUUUAUGUUUGUGAUGAUUGGAUUUUUGUUAAUCUCAAUUGGAACAACAAUUCAAAUGAUUUAUGGUGAUUUUGAGGUUUUCAUGGAAAAUCGUUAUUUUAGCCCAGCAGCUUUGUGUGUAGCCAUUGGUAUAAUUAUAUUCUUUAUUGCACUUUUGGGUUGCGUAGGAGCAUUAAAAGAAAGUACUUGUCUUGUAAACACGUACGCCUUUUGUCUAUUUAUAAUUUUGAUUUUGGAGUUAUCUUCUGCAAUUGCUACAUACUCUAUGAGAAACAAUCUAACCAACACCUUGAAGAUCAAUAUGGAAUAUUCCAUUGAUAAAUAUAAUGCUAGUAAUAACGACGAAUAUGCAUGGAAUUAUAUGCAAAGAAAUUUAAGGUGCUGUGGAAUAAAUAAUUCUGAUGACUGGGUGAACAAAAAUAUAUCUAUACCACACACGUGUUAUAAUUGUGAAACAUGUAAUACUGAUCCUUCAUUCUUAAUUAAAGGUGGAUGCUUAGACAAAUUAACUUAUAUUGUUUCUGAAUGUGCUAUGUUACUUGGAGUUGGAACUCUGUGUGUGUCCUUUAUACAGAUUUUAGGAAUAUUCUUUGCUAACCUUUUGGCAAAAUCAAUUCGCGCCAUAAAAACCGAAAUGUUGGUUGUUCGGGAAGAAAACAGACAAAGAAUUUAUAAACAUUGGGCUGAAAAUAACCCUCCUAAAGUUGAUUUACCCGUACCAGCCUCGUCAGAAGCCUAAAUAUAAUAUUAUGUAACUGUUUAAAUUUACGUACAGUCGUAUAAAAAGCGUAGAGCAAUUAAAAUGAGUAUUUAAGGCAUAAUUUUUUAAACUAAAAGAAAGGAUCCUAAUAAAAUAACAAAUUUUUUUCAACUUUAGAUAACUUGUUGAUCCUAAUAAUCCGGACUUACUCUCUUUUUAAUAGGUGUACGCUUUUUAAUAAAUGCAUAAACAUGUAUAGAAUUAUUAUAUAGGUUUAUUUGUAAUGGCAAUUUGGAAAUAAUAAAACAUUAAAUAAAUAAUAUCUAUAAAAUAAAAAGUUUAUAUAAUAUAAUAAGCACUCUUAAAAUAAAAAUUAAAAUGAAAUCUGA